GACAGGUGACUUUGGAAGACUGUGAAAAAAACAAACUGAUCGCAGCGUAGCCGCCAUCUUCCUCCUGCUGUCGGCCUCAGAGUGUGGAGUGGAAGUAAUACGGAGACGAGGUGAGGGGGAGGCGUACAGGUCGGCUGUACGCUGUGAGCCAGUCCGCGAUCGUUCACACGGCGCUUCCUCCCGCUGAGCGAACAGACGGGACGCGGAUGCGGUUUGAGGUUUUCCUCCUCGGAGCUAAGCUAAAGGGUAGCCGGGCCAGCUAGCAUCCGUGUGACCGAGCAGUGAUAAUCAGAGGCGGGCUGAGGCUACACCUCCGCCCGGCUCUCUGCGGGGAGGUGAGUUUGAUCCAGGGUCACAGCACGGCUGAGGAUUCGUGGAGAAUGGUGCAGGGGUAGAAGGUGAACUGUGCUUCAUGGCCGGAGGUUCGCUGAUGGAGUUAAUCCAGAUCAAUCUUCUGAUUGAUAACCUGUCAGUUCGUCGAUAAACCGAUUUCUGCAGCAUAAACCUUUACAGCACCGCUCCAACCCGGCGAGCAGCCUGUACUGGUCCUCAGGUCCGGAUCUCCUGACAGCGCACCAUGUCUCAGGGCCUGCCCAGCUCCUGGGACCCUCUUCCCGAGUGCUCUCACGGGGCGUCCCGGUGAACGGACCGCAACCGCUGCUUGGACUAGGACAUGGUUCCGGUGCCCGGAGUCCUGUUGUCAGAGGGGGCGUAAUCCCGGAUUAGGAUUGAAACUAGGAUUUAUCUGAGCAGCACCAUGGGAUCCGCCACCAGGCUGGCCUUCAGCGUCCUCCUAAUCACCUGCUCCUCAGGUGCAAUCCUGGGCCACACUCAGACUCAGACCUGUGUGCUGUACAGCUACAGCUCCUCCUCCUCCUCCUCAGUGGAGGGCCGAGGGAACAUCAGCGGCGUGGAGAUCUGCUCCGGGCAGAAGGAUAAGCGGCAGCACUGCUUCGCCACCUGGAGGAACACCUCUGGUCAGGUGACCGUGGUCAAACAGGGCUGCUGGCUUGACGACCCUAGCUGCUAUGACAGGUGGGAGUGUGUCGAGAGGAAGGAGUCCCCUGACGUCUUUUUCUGCUGCUGUGAGGGAAGUCUGUGCAACCAGAAGUUCUUCUACCUGCCCAACAGCAACCACACGCCGCCGCUGCCCCCGACAAAUAUCCCACUCACACUGCGACCCCCGGUGGUCACCGCGCUGAUGUAUUCGCUGCUCCCCAUCAUGGCCGUUGCCACCAUCGUCCUGCUGUCCUUUUGGAUGUACCGACACCACAAACUGGCCUACCCACCUGUGCUGGUGCCCACACAGCACGCCUUUCACAUCAUGGUCGAGGAGACCGGCCCCCUGCCCCCCUCCCCUGUCCUGGGACAGAAGCCUCUGCAGUUGCUGGAGCUGAAAGCCAGGGGGCGCUUUGGCUGCGUGUGGAAGGCUCAGCUGCUCAGUGAACACGUCGCCGUCAAGAUCUUCCCUGGCCAGGAGCGUCAGUCUUGGCAGAACGAGUUUGAGAUCUUUAGCCUGAGCGGGAUGAGACACGAGAACCUGCUGCAGUUCCUCGGCGCUGAGAAGAGAGGCAGCGAGCUGGAAACGGAGCUGUGGCUUGUCACCGCCUACCAUCACAAGGGUUCCUUGACUGACCACCUUAAAGCCAACGUUCUCUCCUGGUCUGAACUGUGUCAGAUCGCUCAGUCUAUGUCCCGAGGCCUGGCCUACCUGCACGAAGACAUACCUGCAUACAAACCCGCCAUCGCACACAGGGACUUCAAGAGUAAGAAUGUCCUGCUUAAGUCCGACCUGACUGCCUGCAUCGCCGACUUUGGCCUCGCUCUCAGGUUUGAGGCGGGAAAGUCUCCAGGUGACGCUCAUGGACAGGUGGGGACCAGGAGGUACAUGGCCCCAGAGGUCCUGGAGGGCGCCAUCAACUUCCAGAGAGACUCCUUCCUGAGGAUCGACAUGUACGCUGUGGGGCUGGUGCUGUGGGAGCUCGCAUCACGCUGCAAAGCUGCUGAUGGUCCAGUAGAUGAGUACCUGCUGCCCUAUGAGGAGGAGGCGGGUCAGCAUCCGUCUCUGGAGGACAUGCAGGAGGUGGUCGUCUACAAGAAGCUCAGGCCCACAAUCAGAGAGUGCUGGCAGAAGCACGCCCAGGGUCUGGCUCUCCUCUGUGAGACGAUGGAGGAGUGCUGGGAUCAUGAGGCGGAGGCGCGGCUUUCAGCGGGCUGCGUGGAGGAGCGCGUCGUGCAGAUGCAGCAGCAGCAGUCGAGCGUCACAGCCCACGAGGAGAUUGUCACGGUCGUCACCAUGGUGACCAACGUGGACUACCCGCCCAAAGAGUCAAGCUUAUGAUCAAUCAGAGCAGGGCGGGGAUGCCAAAAUAAAAGACUUCAUGUAGGAUGGAGAGUACAGAUGUCAGAAUAAAAGAACAAAGCCUGUGACUGCUACAGGUGUACAGGCUCGUGCAGGUAAGCACAGCUGAUUGGGUCAUCAGCAGGAAGUCUGAUCAGGAACAGAGACAAACUUUAUCUCUUUUUUCACCUCCUGGAGCUGACAAUCGCAUCUGCCAUGAACCUUUUCACCUCCGAUGACCUAGUCUCUCAGUCCUCGCCGCCAAGAGGUCGGUCUGACCUUCAGGUUCGUCUCGGGUCAAACUCAGUUCUAGUAAAGCUGCUACAUGUGGCCUCAUUGAGUCAGAGUCAGGUGAGGACAUCAGGAAACAAUCAUGUGAUCAGAUGUAUUGAUUAUCGGAGAAUUAAAAACAUCAAUCGGUUUUACAGGAACACAAA